GCAAAUGAUAGAACACACGUCAGUGUUUUGAAAAAUAAGAAAAUGAGGAAAUCCCAAAAAGCAAACUAUUUUCGGCAAUAAAAACUUUUCAAUGCAUUAUUAAUUAAUUUAUCCAAGAGUGCACAUAAGUUAAAUUACAAAAAAGACAAAAACCAGAAACCACAUUACCCAACAACAGAAUAAAAACAAAGAAUCCUAAUACUAGCAACAAUAAAAAACAAAAUUUUGUAAACAAUUUUGCGGAAAAAUUAGAACAGGGAAUACCAACAAAAAAAAAAAACAGUGAUAAAAAAGUAAUAGAAAGUUAAAGUUUUUCUAGCUGCCCUGCCACGCUAUCAAUUGCACCAGAAAAUUUGUGAUUUAUAAACGGAAUUUCUAGAAUUUAACAAUAAUUAUAAAGGGUUUAUAUUAAUGUUAAAUUGUUUAUAAAAAACAGCUGCCAUUAGUGGAGAAAACCAAUAUGGUGGUGUCAUUACCGGAAUUAAUGCUCCUGGGGGGCGAAAAGAAAUUGACAGCAUGUUUGCUAUUGCUAAUAUUGGAACUAUUUUUAGAAGGUGCCGAGUCAGUUCCAAAUUCUGCUGAUAUUGAAAACCAUUUAGAAUUGGGUAAACAGUUCUUAGCACACAAUCAAUUAAGUGAUGCUUUAACACACUACCAUGCAGCUGUGGAGGGUGAUCCCACCAACUAUUUGACUUUGUUCAAACGCGGUACUGUGUAUUUGGCUUUGGGCAAGACCCGUUUUGCUAUACAGGACUUUAGUCGGGUUUUGGAAUUGAAACCUGAUUUCACAGCUGCUCGUUUGCAGCGUGGCACAGUUUAUAUGAAGACCGGGGAAUAUCAUCUGGCUGCAGAAGAUUUUGCUGUUGUGCUUGAGCAAGAGCCCUACAACGACAUUGCCCAUGACAGCUACUCUCGCAUUGGACCCGCCGAAGAGCAAUGGGAAAUUGUACAAGAACUCAUCGAUCGUGGUGAUCAUCGUAAUGCCAUACAAAUGCUCUCACAACUUCUCGAGAUUUCACCAUGGUCUGUGACAUUCCGUCAGGCACGUGCUGAUGCCUAUAUUGAAAUCAAUGAUCUCUUAGCAGCCAUAUCGGAUUUAAGAUCCGUCAACAAAUUAUCACAGGACAGUACAGAGGGCUACUACCAUCUGGCUAUGUUGUUGUAUAAAAUCGGUCAUGCUACCAGUGCUCUGAAAGAAAUUCGAGAGUGUUUGAAAUUUGAUCCCGAGCACAAAGACUGUUUCCCCUUCUACAAGAAGUUGAGGAAAGUGGAAAAGGGUUUGUCGGGUGCUGAGACGGCACGUGAUGAGAAGCAAUUCCAAGACUGUAUAACGUCCGCUGAAUCAGCGUUGAAACAUGAGAAGAAGGAAACCAUGGUGAUAUUCGAGGCCAAACGUUUGUUGUGUACGUGCUAUAUGCGCGACGAACAAUAUGCCAAAUCAUUGGGCCACUGCAAGGAUGCUUUGGAGAUAAUGCGUGAUGCUCAAAUUUACUGUGAUCGUGCCGAGGCAUACCUUGGCUCCGAAAUGUAUGACGAUGCCAUACAUGACUUCCAAGAGGCCUUGGGUCUUGAUGAGAAUCUCCAAAGAGCCAAGGAGGGCAUGGAGAAAGCUAAAAGACUGCAAAAACAAGCCGAACGACGGGACUACUAUAAGAUCUUGGGUGUGAAGCGCAAUGCCAGCAAACAGGAAAUUGUGAAAGCCUAUCGUAGGGCUGCACAAAAAUGGCAUCCCGACAACUUCCAUGAUGAUGAGAAGAAAAUAGCCGAAAAGAAAUUCAUAGAUAUUGCCGCCGCCAAAGAAGUGCUGACAGAUCCCGAAAAACGCAGACAAUUCGACAGUGGCCAGGAUCCUUUGGAUCCGGAGGGUCAACAGGGUGGACAUGGUUUCCGUGGCGGUAGUCCCUUCCAGAACUUCCAUCACGGGUCACCGUUCCAGUUUAAGUUCCAUUUCAACUAACAUAAACUUGCAGAAAUAAUUAAAGGCAUCUUAAGCUUAAUGUUUUAGUCAAGUUUGUUUAAAAUUUAAGUUAAUUUUCAUUAUAGUCAUGUAGGUAAAAUACAUAUGAACUUGUUUACUUUUUUUUUCCUUUCCUUCCCUUAAAACAAAACUAAAAAAAGAAACUCUUGAUAGUUUAAUGAUAAACCUUUUAACAAAUGAAAAAUGAAAUGCAUUUAUUACAACUUGGAACAAUUUUCGCUUUAUUCUUACUUUUUUUAUAAAAAAAAAACAAAACCGUGUAUAGUUGUAGUUUAAUCUUUAUUUUUCCUAAUGCCCUCUUGCUGUUUAAAUAUUAUUUUCUUAUUUUUCUCUUUAAAACUUAAAUUUGCCAUCAUAACACCAAUUUUCCUUUUAGUUUAUUGUUCCUCUGCAGUCUUGUAAUUUGUUUGUUUCUGUUUUUGUAAAUAGUAGGUUAUUUUUAAUAAAAAUAUAUAAAAAAAAACUAAUUUAUUAAUACAAAAAGAAAAAAAGGUUUUGCUGGUAACUAAUUUUAAUACGAUUUUUUUUUAUUUGGAUAAUUAACAAGAAUUACGCCCCUCUUUUCUUAAUUUUGUACCAUGAAUUAAUAUUAGUAAAACAAAAGUAACAAAAUUAAAUUCAAAAAGACUUUUUGAUAAGUUAAAUUGGCAACAUUAUUAACACAAAAAAAAAGAAUAAUAAAAGAACUGAAAAUAUUAAAACGUAUAAA